UUUUAGUCACGUGACUUAGUAAUCAACACGCUUUUUCCGGUUUCCCUUUUCGUAAAAUUAUUCUUACUGUAACUGUGAGAUGUGAGCCUUUUUAACGCAAAAGUACAAAAAAACAAUGUCAGAAAAACAGCGGACACUUCCGCCGUGGAUGGCGAAAAAGGAGGUUAAAGUAAAAGAAAAGAUGCCAUUGAAGACUAGGAGAAAAAGGAAAGCUGCAGCAAGAGCUACUUUCUACUGUAUGAACGAGGCGGAGCUGGUGGAAGCGGCUGUUUCGUAUCUUACAGACUGUUUCUGUGAGGAUGUGACGUCACCGGUCGGCCAGCAGGUGUUUGAAAAAGAAGCAAAGGACCCCUCAGCAACCAAAGCAAAACACUGUAUAUCACCAGUGACAGCAAAGCCUUUGGAAGAGAUCUUGGAGGAUGAGUCCUCGGACUGUUCUACCGACCUGGAAACAACAUACGUUUCAGAAACAGACUUGGACACCACAGAGGUUGAAACCCUACCGUACACCCGGAGCCUAAAGCGUCCUGAGUCAGAGACGGGAUCAGGAGCAGCUCAGGAUGAUCAUGGACUCAGAAACACUGAUGAGGGAGUUGUAAAAGAAAAGCAGACGGCAGAAGAUGCGACAGAGGAGGACGAUGCUGUACAGCUUGUGCGCGAAAUUUUUUUCACUUGAUCAAACGCCACUGAAAUUGGGACUUUGUAGUUUAACCUUGUAGUUUUUGUGGUAAAUUGUAAACAUUUUUAGAUUAUUGUAGUUCAAAUUUAAAAAUUAUAAGUGGUCUGUCAUUUUGAACAAAACACAAUCUUUUAUGACUACUGAAAAGUUGUUGGCAAAAAAUAAACAGGGCUUUCUUUUAAAAAUACCAAGACAGGAGUCUUGCAACCACUGUUUGUCAUCCUCUUAUAAAAAGGAGAAACAAAUACUCCUCAUAGAUAUUAAACUAAAACUUUAAUAUCACACUUAGUCAUCAAAUAUGUUAAUUAAAAUUUUCAUGCAGCAGAACUCACAAAAAAAACUUGGCAACUAUCAGCAGCAACUGAAUACAUUACGUGCGUCACACAGUUCCACCCUGUUGCUCAAAAGUUAAACAAAAAUAUAAAUCAAGGGGGAAAGGUUGGAAUUGUUUCUGAUGAAUCAGUUUUUCCUACUUGACAUUAGCUUGCAGCAGUUUGUUUAUACUUUGUUACAGCAACAGAGACAAUGCACUUUGUUGAGCUGAUUAUAUACAAAAAGGGUAAACCAAACAGUUGGUUGUAAAAAAAAAAAGUAUGUAUUAAAGCAGGUGGCAUUUGAACCCUUUUAUUUCCAGUCAGACGGUAAAUGUUUCUAUCUGUGUGAUGACACACAAAUAAAACCAGAGGGUCGUGUUUCCAGCUCACAUAAGACUGGUACUGGUGUGAAACAGUAGUGAUGCUGACCAGCGUCAGUGUGCUUGAUGCCAUGGCAGGAAGUCUCCAUGUGACUCAUGAUCUGUAAAAACUAACUAUUGCAACAGAAAUAAAAUCAUUUGAAAUCCAAAAA